AGGUGUUCACAUCUCAAGACAUAACAAACAAAACAAAUAGUAAAGAAAAAAAUAAAUUAAUUAUAACAAAUUGUCGUGUAAUUGUUAUAGAAAUAAACGAUUUAAAUUUAUAACGAGAUGUUUUAAGCGCGAGUGAAUUUUUAGCAUUAAAUAAAACGAAAGAAGGAUUUUAACUAAUAAAAUAAUAAUAUUAACAAAAAUUAAUUCCACAUAAAAAAUAAUUAAAAAUAUAUAAACAUGUUGUACACGCGACAGUCUAUCACUUUAUGUUUAAUAUCAUUCCUAACAAUUCUUGCCACACCUGCCUUUCUAGUCAAAGCCUAUAUUAUUGAUACGACUGCAUCAACUGCCCAAUCAACACCCUCUUCCUAUUUGGGUUCAAAAGUUCUAUUUCAAAGUCCUAGUGUCGAAAAUAUUUACAAAGAAAUGAUUGUGUCAUCGAAACCUUUAAAUUUACGCAAAUAUUCAACACGUCCCAAAACUAAGAAGACUAAAAAAGAUUCACGAAUCUAUUAUAUACCCAUACCACCACUGCCAUAUCGUUUUCUACCCGGCAUCGGUUACGAUUAUCAACCUAUGAAAAUUAAACCUUUACUAGUGGAACCAGAGGUGGCUGUGACUACAGAGGAUUAUUCGGGUUAUAAAAUUCCAAAUCCUUAUAAACAUUAUCAACAACAAUUACAAAUGUCCUACUUUAAACCAUUGAUGGCAAUGCAGCAGCAGCAGCAACAACAAAAUUAUCAAAUACCCACAACACAGGCACCAGUUCGAAAACCACCAGUAGCAGAGAGUAAAGUAUUUCGUCUAGAUCGUGACGAUUAUUAUUUUAAUGGUCGGCCAUUUAGAUUGCAAGUGGCGCAUGCUGGUCCAAAAUACAAUUUAACACCGCAAAAUUUAAAAUCAUCAUUUUAUUUCGAUAAAAAUAUUAUUUAUUAAGUUAUACUUUAUAGUUUAAAAAUAAAUGUAAA